AUGUCGGCGGUGGGCAGAACGACGUCAGCGUCGUUGGUGGGCAGAGCAACGUCAGCGGUGGGCCGUGCGGCAUUGGCGAAAGAAAUCCAGAGUGAAGUUGAGAAACUUCAGAGAGUUCGCCAGAAUUGUAUUACCAAACAGAAAAAUUUCGAGAAAUCGGCAGCUGAAAUAAAGACACACACCAGUGAGCUGAAGGGAAAGCUGUCAAAGAUGUUCUCUGAAAGGAGGAAAAAAUUAGACGAAGAUGAAAAGUGCGCACUGAGACUGAUCGAUGAGCAUGAGCAUUCUUUGCUGUCUGGAAUUAGGGACAGCUCAGAAACAUUUCACUCAAUGGCAGAACAGAUUAGGUUAGUCGAUGAAGAAGCCCAGAAUCUAAUGCAAGAGGACAGCAUCUCAUUUAUUCAGAAAUCCAUGGAGCUCCUUUCCAAAGUUGUUGAGACUCAGAAGCUCAUAUUUCCAGAUCCUCCAGAACCUGCCUUGAACCUGUCCAAUCUGCCUCAGCUCAAAAAGUUGAUGGAGGAAUCUGAAAUGUCUUACUCAACCACGGACGAACUGGGACAAAUUCAUGACUGGAUGGAAUCAACAUGUGGGAAAGGACCAGCUGAACCAGCAAUUAUAGCCCACAUACAGAGCAAGCCUUCUUCCCUUCUUCUUCAAACAAGAGAAUUGUCAUGGUUGACCCUGGAUCCAAAUACUGCAAGCAAGAACUUAGUUCUGUCUGUCGAUCUGAGAUCAGUGAGGUACAGUGAAAAAGAACAGCACUAUCCAAGUAACCCACAGAGGUUUCAAACCUACUCCCAAAUCCUCUGCAGCCAGAGCUUUUACUGCGGACAUCAUUCCUGGGCUGUGGAAACUGGUGGAAGUUGGUGGGGAAUUGGGAUCGCGUAUAAGAACAUACAGAAGACAGGCAGCAAUUCUGAUCUCCGGAGAACUUCAAAAGCCUGGUGCUUGUAUCAAGGCAUUAAUGUGUUGAGAGCCUGUCAUAAUAGCAAGCAUACACUAGUACCACUGAAAUCCUUCAUCGAGAAGAUCCAAGUUCACUUAAACUAUGAUGCAGGAACACUGGCAUUUUAUCAGGUCACUGACACACUGACACACUUGCACACGUUUAAAACCAUAUUUACUCAACCUGUGUAUCCAGCGUUCUGCUGUGAGAACAACACCUGGCUACAACUGUUAAAUUAGUUUCACAAUUCCAAGAGUCAUUGAUUUCUUUUUGUAUUAAUUUGUGUAUUGUCCAUCCUCGCUCUCUCACAUUGGAGAACCUUCAAGUGUAAAUUGCAUUGGUGUGAUGGUGGAGUCACAUGUUAGCCAGACCAGAUGAGGUCUUCCUGGUAAGACAUCCCUAAAUUAAUGAACGUGAACUUCAGCAGGUAAUAUCCUGGGGCUGAAGUGCUUAGUCACCAUGAGCUGUGACCCAGUGUUACAUAGGAAUACAGGAACAGAAGCAGGCCAUUCAACACUUUGUACCCGAUUCACACUGAAUGAGAUCUGUAACCUAAAUCCAUACGCCUGCCAUUAGCUCAUAUCCCUUCUUGCCUUUGCUUAAUGAAAAAUUAUCUACUUCAGAUUUAACAAUGGAUAUCACAUCACUGUCAUUUGUGGAAGAGAGUUCCAAACCUCUCACCCUUUGUGUGUUGAAGUGCUUCCUAACAUCUUUCCUCAAAGGUCUGGCCCUAAUUCUCAGACGAUAUCCCCGAGUUCUAGAUUCCGCAACCAGUGGAAAUGGUUUACAUUUAUCUACUCUGUCUUUUCCUGUUUCAAUCAAAUGUGCAUAUGCUUUCCAGAUAAGGUUUUGAUGACUUCUGUGUGGAGUUUGCACAUUCUCCACAUGUCUGCGUGGGUUUCUUCCAGGUGCUCUGAUUUCCU